CCCCCGGGCACUAUAAAUCCAGGAUUUCCCUCUUCUCCGUCUCUUUACGGCCCUUCACUCCUCCUCGUGGUGGAACCUCCACCCACGUUCAGCCAUGCGGAUCCUUCAGCUGCUCUUUGCAGUCAUUGUCAUUCUCCUCCUCCAGGACGUUCCCGCAAGAGGCCUUUCGGACAGCCAGCAGUGCAGAAGUAACCGUGGGCACUGCCGGAGGCUUUGCUUCCACAUGGAGCGCUGGGAAGGGAGCUGCAGCAACGGCCGCCUGCGCUGCUGCCGAUGAGAGCGGCCACACUGGGACGGACCCCAGAGACCCUGCAACCACAGCUGUAUGUAGGAGCUGCUCUUGGACACCUCUGCACCUACACCUGCAGCUCGGUUUGUCCAUCACCAAUAAAGCUGUUGGGUUUAUAUGUU